AUGAUGAACUCGCCUCUCGAUGAGGGCCAGCUCGUGAGCUUCGAGCACAUGAAUCGGGCUCAGAAACGCGCAUUCAUCUUACGAGACCAGCUCAAGUACGACGAAGAGCAACACCUAGAUGUGUUCAUUGAUGGCAUACGUAACCCUGAGCCUCCGCGUUAUAAGCGCACCAGCAGCGGUAUCCAGCCCUCGUUCGAGGAGGUAACGAUCAAGCACAGCACAACGCGCUUCGACCUAGGCAACGUUGAGUUCUCGGACAAGUCGGUCCGUCGAGUCCACCUCGCCUGUGUCGGGGAUAGCUACGAGAUGCACGAGUCUGAUGCCAUAUCUCCGGAUGAAGACGACUUUAACUCGGUGCCGCUGAACUAUUAUAUUGCACAGAAGAUUAUGCCGAGCUUCAAGAAGAAGUACGAGGCGAUUCACGCCAGAGUGCAACGUGUUAAUGAUAUGCGGAGGCACGUGUAUGAGCAGGCGUCGAAUAGACAGCCUAAGACAUCUUCGCGUUUCAAGGAAGGAGAGUCUCUGGCGAAGCUCAUGAGCUCGGAUCCAGUCACCGAGUCCACCCAGCCAGAAUCAGACUCGCGCAAACGCCCGAGUGACUCCAUCAUCCGGCACCCGCUCAACAAGAAGAAGCGCAUCGGCGUCGAGAACGUAUCCAGCGCCAUCAAAACCGACGCCGUGAACCGCCUCCCUGACCAUGCCAAAAUCGACCUCUUCAACGCGUUCGUCAAGUCCGCGUUCCCGGAUUUCGACAACCUGCUGAUGGCGUCGUGGAACGUGGUGUCGAUCUUUGUCAAUGUGGGAAGUGAGGAUUUGAUGUUGCAUAACUCGAUUGGGGAUUUGCAUGAGGUAUUGUUGCGUUUUGAUGAGUUCUUUGGGAAGAAGACGAGGGGUAAUGGGGGCGGUGGUCCUGUUUCCUGUCAGAUGCCUGAGCACUACGCUGCUCAUCAUGGGGUGCCGCAGCGGAUUGAGCUUGUUGGUUGCUAUUCGGUUGACUGA